UAUGCCAACUGGGUUUCCAUUCUUUUUCUUGUUUCUGCUCUCUUCUUGUAUUUUUACACGUACCCAUCUCCAUCUUCCUCUACCAAAAUGGCUUCCGAACCCUCUCCAAAGUCCAUUUAUGACUUUACUGUCAAGGAUAUUCGUGGAAAUGAUGUGAGUCUUAGUGAUUACAGAGGGAAGGUUCUCCUGAUUGUAAAUGUUGCCUCAAAAUGUGGUUUAACUCAGUCGAACUACAAGGAGUUGAAUGUUUUGUAUGAAAACUACAAAAACAAAGGGCUUGAAAUCUUAGCCUUUCCUUGCAAUCAGUUUGCUGGACAAGAGCCAGGAAACAAUGAGGAGAUCCAGGAAGCCGUAUGCACCAUGUUUAAAGCUGAGUUCCCAAUCUUUGAUAAGAUUGAUGUGAAUGGGAAAAACACAGCGCCUCUCUUCAAGUUUCUGAAAUCAGAGAAAGGUGGAUACUUCGGAGAUGCUAUUAAGUGGAAUUUCACAAAGUUUCUGGCAGACAAAGAAGGGAAGGUUGUGGCGAGAUAUGCUCCAACGACAUCGCCUCUUAAGAUCGAGAAAGACAUACAAAAUCUAUUGGAAUCAUCUUGAGCAAGUGCCAAGGAUAUCGGAAAGCGCCGUCUUGUCCAAUUCAGGAGGAAGUAAGCUAUGAAGCAUCAUUAUGUGUUCAUACUUUGUUUUGCAAUUUAUUUUAUCUUUUGUGCUUAAAUAAUAAUAAUUUAAAAAAAUGGUGAAAAUCUAUUUACUUGUGCGCGAGUGUGUAUUUAUGCUUUGGAUGAUAACUUGUUUAAAAAGUGAUUAAUAUUAAAUCUGAUUGUGA